AUGCCUAAUAUACUCCGAGAAAUUACCCUCCGCCGGCCGAUUCCAAUCCUUAAUCCCCUUUCAUUCCUCUCCCCAAUCACCACCUCAACAAGGCCGGCGCAAACCAACACCGCCAACGACGACCCCAUCAUCACCUCCGUCGUCGAUUCCCUGCAACAAGGCCACUGUUGGAAAAUCCUGUCGGAAAAUUUCGGCUCCGUCAAGUUCACAAACCCUACUGUUCGAAAAAUACUCCUCCAGCUCAAAGAGCCCGUUAAUUCCAAAAAAGCCCUCACUUUCUUCCACUGGUCGGCCCAAGAAUCGCGCGCCGAACAUGGGAUUUCCAGCUACUGCGUGUUGAUACACAUCCUGGUGAAAACCGGACUGGUCAGAGAUGCCAAGGCCAUGAUCGAAUCAGUUUUAACAAAAAAAUUGUCAGGGGAUAAUUGUCGAACACUUUGUGUGCUUGAUUCGUUGAUGGAUAGUUUCUGUACGGUCGAUUCUGUUCCUUUCGUUUUCGAUUUGUUCGUGCAAACUUGUGCUAAGCUGAGGAUGGUUGACGAUAUUCUCGACGCUUGCAAGCUGUUGUUCGAUCGUGGGUUCCCGUUGAGUGUAAUCAGUUUAAAUACGGUCCUGAACGUGCUGUUGAAAUCGGACAAGGUUCACCUGGUUUGGGGCUUAUACGAGCUGAUGAUUGGAAGAAGGGUUUCACCGAAUGAAAUGACUGUGAAAACCAUGGUGGGGGCCUUGUGUAAAGAAGGUAAGUUGGAGAAGUUUCUUCGUAUUGUCGAUAGAAUGAACGGGAAUAAGCGUCCGGCUCCUCAUGCAAUCGUGAAUACUUGUUUGGUGUACGAGAUUGUGGAGGACGGUAGGAUUGAACGUGGGUUAGGAUUGUUGAGGCUAAUGUUGAAUAAAAAUAUGAUCUUGGAUACUAUUGCGUACUCGUUGGUCGUGUUUGCUAAAGUGAGAAUGGAGGAGUUGGAUUUGGCCAAGGAGACUUACGAGCAAAUGCUUAGGAGGGGUUUUAAAGAAAAUGCCUUUGUGUAUGAUUUGUUCGUCGGGAGAUCUUGUGAGGAAGGGAGGAUUGACGAGGCAAUCGGGCUUCUAGAAGAUAUGGAAGGAUUGGGCUUCAAGCCCGAUCAAACGACGUUCGAUUGGCUGAUAAAAAGUUGUGCAUAUCAUGGACGUUUGGAGGAUAGUUUGGCCUUUUGCGCGAGGAUGAUGGGGUUUGGUCUUCUCCCGAGCUGCUCAGCUGUUAACGAGAUGUUUGGGAAGCUUUGCGAAAAUGGGAGGACGAAGGAGGCAGAUGAGAUGUUGACCGUCUUGUUGGAGAAACAAUUUGGUCCGAACGAGACUACAUAUUCUCGUCUAAUUUCUGGAUAUGUUAAGGAUGGUGACAUGGAGGGGCUCACAAAGGUUUUGUUCGAGAUGGAGUACAAGUCGAUAUCGUGUGAUGUUUCGGGCUUGAGUUCAGAGAUCAUCGGGCUCUGUAAAUGUGGGAGGUUAAAGGAGGCGAAAAGUGUCUUAACACAUGAAGGAUGUUGCUAG